CCUCGAACAGCCACGGUUCUCUUCUUCAACUCAAACCAAACGAUAUCUAUCCUGCUUCAGUGCUUCUCGGAGAGUACGAGUACGACCGGAUUGGCAAUUCUAUCGUUUCCAAGCAACCUGCGAGAGAUGCAUUAAGAGGGUAGUUAUCAUCAUCUUUCUCUUUCCAACUACAGGAAUUCAGGCAUGUUGACACAUGGAGCGACCUCAAUCGUAUUGCUACAGAACAAUCACGCCAACUAUCGACUACAGGAAUUCUGACAUAUGGAGUGACAUCAUCCAAAAUGCAGAAAAACAGCUACCGAGGAUCUUUCGAAAACAUACUACCAUGAUGCAUCAGCUGGUUGAGACGAAAGCGACGAGUGGAGAGUGGCUUGGCGUGGAGAUCACCUGUGGGUAGGGUCCAGACUGGUUUUUUCUGGAAUUGGUUGAUACUUUUUCGGUAACGCCAGAUCGAGCUUGAUGAGUGCGACGUCCAUCAGAUUCGAAUUCCAUUGAAGCUUAAAAGCAUAUCAUCGGAGUUUAGGCGGUGGGGCUCGGGAGCCUGUUUUUCUGCAAAAAUGGACAUAUGGAUUGGUUGCUUACAGUCAGUCGAAAUUUGCGGAUUGUUUGUGAUCGGGACAUUAGGGUAGGAUGUGCAGUAUGAUCGAAACAGGCUUCAAACGCCCAGCUAGCUCUUUACGAGCCACAAGUGUACAGGAAAGAAGAGGGAAGUCGCACUCAAUGGUUGUUUUCAUGCAAGCCGUUCAAGGAAUGUAUGAACUUUAGCCUUUUGAAGAAUGUUUACACCAAGUCGAGGGCAGAUGUAUUGCAUGUUCCUGGUGGUAGAUUUCAAUCCGGAUGUCGAUUCCUUUCCAAAGCAUCCAGUGGAAAGUAGCUGGACUGGGCGUACCGGAACAUCAUGCGCAACUUGUCCAUGUCAAUUAUCGCCCCCGAAAGAUUGGAUUGCAAAUACCUAUCGCUCCACCUCGCCCAACAUGGCUCUCUCUGUUACCAUUCCUACGCACACUACUUCCUCCUUCCCAAAGCCUCAUAUUCUCUACAAUAUCCACGUAUCGAAGGAUGGAAAGGCGAAAGUUGUCGACAAACGCUAUUCUGACUUCAUCACCUUAAACAACAGCCUCGCCGUCCAUGGUAUCCCUCUCCCACCUAAACGCAUCCUCGUCACUACCUUCAUCCCAUCCGCGUGGAAGGACGAUACCCUUGUCAACGAACGAAAGACCGGUUUGGCGAGAUAUCUAUCGACUCUCCUUCAGAAAUCCGAAUAUCAGAACCAUCCUGCUCUACUCCACUUUCUCGAACCGUCCAUGUCGUCCAAUGACAUGAGCUUCCAUCCGGAAGACGCUGUACCUUCGACGUGGUUGAGAAAGACGGGAUUGGCGACUGCUAUUGCUGCCAAGGCUAGCGCGCCGGUUGCUGCUGCUUAUUAUCCUGAUUGGAGUGCUGGAAGUAAUCCACCUGAGAAUAUAAACUUUUCAAAGUUUGAUAUCUUGUUUUUCGCAUUCGCGAUCCCGAACCAGGACGGCGGUCUCAACUGGGACUCAUGGAGCCAGGAUAUAUUGAGAAGAUUAGUCACUGCUUCUCGUCAGAGCGGGAGCGGGACCAAGAUCGUUUUGUCUGCCGGCGGGUGGGGUGGAAGCGCAGGUUUCUCCUCUGCUACGAAUAACCAGAACCGAAGCAACUUCAUCUAUACAUUGGUCAACGUCGUGCAUGAUUUUGAUUUGGACGGCGUUGAUAUCGACUGGGAAUACCCCAAUUCCGAGGGAGCAGGAAACCCUCAUUCAUCCGAAGACGCUGGGAACUUGUUACAGUUGUUCCAAGGGCUUCGGACAGCUUUGGGUACCAGCAAGAUCAUAAGCGCUGCUGUCCCUCACCUACCAUGGCUCGGCACGAACGGUCAACCGUUGAAGGAUAUCUCAGCGUAUGCGAAGGAGAUGACGUAUAUCAAUAUCAUGAAUUACGAUGUUUGGGGUGCAUCUGCAAACCCGGGACCCAAUGCACCGCUAAGUGACGCCUGCGGAACGUCCACUCAACCACAGGCCAGCGCAGAAGCUGCAUUUAACCAAUGGACUGCUGCGGGUGCUCCAGCGUCUAAAUUGUUGCUUGGGCUACCGCUCUAUGGGUAUGUAUCGCAGAGUUCGAGGACGACAUUGUCAGGGAGCUUUGCGCCUCCUGUGUCUGUGUCUGGGUCGGUGGCGGCAGCGUUACGCACACAAGGAGGAGGGGCACGCCCACACCCGCAUCCACACCCGCAUCGCAGGGAGGGUCUCGUCAAACCUCAGGCUCAUGAAACUCGAACUAUGGCAACGGCGGCAGAUGCGGAUUUACGAAGUUGGUACGGCCAACAGAUCCCAUUCAGAACGUUAGUUUCUUCCGGUGCACUUGUGAAAGACUCGGAUGGGAAUUAUCGUGCGGGGGGUGGGUUUGAGAUGGGGUGGGAUGAUUGUAGUGAUACGCCCUACCUAUUCAAACCGUCCCAAACGACGGUAGUGACUUAUGAUGAUACGUGGUCGUUGGGAGAUAAAGCUGCGUUUGCGAAGGAUCGUGGGAUGGGAGGGUGUUUUACGUGGUCGGUUGAUCAGGAUGAUGAUGGGGAUGCUCUUCAGAAUGUGGUUCGGGCUAGGUUGGGGAAGUGA